GUGGACCAACGGAUAAAAUACACACGAAAAAAAAAAUAAAUUUCUUUUAAAUACAUAUAGAAAAGAUAUUCGGGCAUAUGUGUGAAGAAAAAAAAAAACAACAACAAUAAAAAAUUAUAGAGGUUGAACGUGGUUUAUAUAUAGAAAAUUAACGCACAGCUGAAAUUUUUUUAUAGUUUUUCUAAAGAAAAUCUAGCUAAAUGUAGAAAAAUUUGUAAAAAACUUUUUAAUAAAUUAAAAAAAUUUCAAUAAUUUACGAAAAAAAAUUAACAAAAAAUGAAAGCUGGAAUGUAUGGAAAUUUGAAAUGAAAUGAAACGAAAAGGAAAAUGUUAAAGCAUAACAACAGAAAGAAAAGUGUAAAAAAUAGCAAGAAAAAAUAAGGUUACACCCAAGAUUUUAAGAAAAUUACAAAGAAAUUUUUAAAAAAUUAAUAAAGAAAAUUCAAGUUUAUUAAAUAAAAUUAAAAUAAAAUCCAUUAAGCCACAAAUUGAAAAAGUUUUACAAAAAUUCCCUCAAAAUAAAAUAAUAUUGCAAAUAAAUAAAUUAGCAACAAAAACAACAUCAAACAUACAUACACAUAAUAAUAAUAAUAGAGAAACGUAGACCAAAAAACAAAAAAAAAUUACGUUAAGAAAAUGCUAGAAAAAUGUUUUGUUCAUCGUGUGAUAAGUUGAUGACACAUAUUUCAGUUGUUUUGACCGCAUUCCUGCUGUUUUACUUAAUAUGCCUGCCACCUAAUUUGACACAAGUGAAAGCCACUCCCGAGGAUGAAGCUGUUGGCAAGUGGGCCGCCCAAUUUGGUGAUGAGCUGUGGGAACUCGCUCAACGUAUGACCAAAUCACAAGAAAUUAAAGCGAAAUAUAAAGAAUACAAUGCCCGAGUAGAGUUGAAAAAUGGCACCGAACUUAUUAAAUCGAUUACAGCCAAUGUGGGCAAAAUGUUGGCCCGCAAAAUGGAUGCCGUCAAAUGUAUACAAUCGAAAGCCGAAGAUGUUUUCGAAAAUUUCGAAUAUAAUACAACCUAUGCCGAAACAGAAUUUCAAUAUUAUUCCAGUAAAUUCUCAACGUUUGAGGGUAAAUCGGCUGAAGAGUUAAUGGAACAUUUACAGAAUAAUAGUUAUAUGUAUUUGAAUAUGACACUAAAUCCCGAUACACAUUUUUAUAAUAUCUCUGUGAAUACAGAGUACAGCUCCGUCCAUGUACCCUCCAAUGUGUAUGAUAAACACCCUAGAGUCCUAAAGGCCAUUAUGUGGACCGAAGAAUUGGAUGAGGUAUUCAAACAAAACUAUCAAUCCGAUCCCGCCUUGUCAUGGCAGUACUUUGGCUCUGAUACGGGCAUUUUACGCCAUUUCCCCGCCUCCCAAUGGGAGGAACACGAACCGGAUGGCAAUGCCGAUACCUAUGAUUGCCGCAAACGUUCGUGGUAUAUUGAAACCGCCACCUGCUCCAAGGAUAUUGUAAUUCUAUUAGAUAAUUCCGGUUCAAUGACUGGCUUCCGUUUUCAUGUUGCCAAAUUUACUAUACGCAGUAUCUUGGAUACAUUUUCCAAUAAUGAUUUCUUCACCAUUUUCAAUUAUUCAUCCGAAACCCAUGAUAUUAUAAAGUGCUUUAAGGAUGCCCUGGUGCAGGCCACACCCGAAAAUAUUAAUGUUUUCAAUGAUGCCAUUAGUAAGAUGAAGCCACAUGGUUAUGCUAAUUUGUCAAUUGCUUAUACGAAGGCGUUUGAAUUGCUAAAGAAGUACUACAUAGAGAGACGCUGCAAUGAAACCUCGACUUGUAAUCAGGCCAUCAUGGUGAUUACCGAUGGUGUGGCCGGUAAUAAUACAGAGAUUUUCGAAAAAUACAAUUGGGGAGAUGGUGAGAACGGCACCAUGAGCAUGAAAGUACGAAUAUUUACGUAUCUGCUGGGUAAAGAGGUGACCAAAGUUAGAGAGAUACAAUGGAUGGCCUGUCUAAAUCGGGGCUACUAUUCGCAUGUACAAACACUGGACGAGGUGCAGGAAGAGGCAUUAAAAUAUGUAGAUGUAAUAGCAACGCCGCUGGUUUUACAGGAUGUGGAGCAUCCGCCCACCUGGACUCACUCCUUUACGGAUAAAACGUAUAAACCCGAGGGUAAUGCCACAGAUGCUCGACUUAUGAUAGCGGUGGGUGUGCCGGCCUUUGAUCGUUCAUAUCGAAAAGCCAACACUACCGCCCACGCCCGGUUAUUAGGCGUGGCGGGCACUGAUGUGCCUGUAGAAGAGAUAGACAAACUUACAUUGCCUUAUAAGCUCGGUGUUAAUGGCUAUUCCUUUGUGGUUUCCAAUAAUGGCUACGUACUAUUGCAUCCCGAUCUAAGACCUAUAGGGCCCAAUGGUGUCAUGAAUCCCAACUACAACAGCAUUGAUUUCACCGAAGUCGAGCAGCUAUUCGAAGACAACUCACCACGUAACCCGGGAGAUUCAAUUUUACAAUUAAGAGGCAGCAUGGUUAAUCAUGAAUCCGGUGAAUUUAAAGAUAUUAGUGUGAAAUUACACUAUGAUAAAAUGCGUCGAGUUUCGGAGGAAAAACAGGAUUAUUUCUUUGCUCCUUUGCCCAAUACACCGUUUUCAUUGGGCAUUGUCUUGCCCAGUGAGUAUGGCAAGACCUGGAUUAAGGUGGGCGAGGAGGUCUUAAAGAAUAUCCAUAUGAAAGUUAAUAUUUCGGACUUUUUUGUGGGUGAAAAUUGGAAAGUACAUCCCGAUUGGGUGUAUUGUAAAUAUCAUUAUUUGGAGGGUCAUGAAUUCAAGACGCCAGAGGCUGAGCUAAAACAUUUCUUAAGCAAAAUGGUGCUUAAGGAUUGGAAAUGGUCGGAACAGUAUGAGGAAGAUGAACUGGAUAGAGAUGAUGAUGAUUUGAACUGUGGCCGCAAGUCUUUAUCAGAUAAUGCCUACUAUUGCAACAAAGAACUGGUGCAUUUGCUGAUCUUCGAUGCCAAGGUCACCAAUUCCAGUUAUGGUGUGUGGAAAUUUGAGAACGAGGAAGAGAAGGCUCUAAUUGAAAGUUUUGGUGCCACUUUACGUUUUGUGGCCACCAUGAGUGGCCUGACACGUUGGCAAUUCAUUUAUGGCGAGGUGGAAGUUGAGAAUGAUCGUGAAUUUGGUGAUUAUCAUACCAAGGCGAUUGAUGAAACCUGGUACAGAAGUGCCAUAUUGGCACAUCAUGAAGAGCGUACCGAUAGUUUUGUUUAUUCCGUCAAACAUCACAAUGAUCCCGCCGAGGAUAGUGAAUUGAAAGUUACCGCUUCACAUGCCAUAUUCCCCAGAGAUGGUGGUAAAGAGGCGCCAGCUUGUGUGGUGGGUUUUCAGUUUUCUCAUGCCCAAAUGUUGGAUAGAUUUUUCAAUAUAACCUCAACGGAUAAUUGCAAUGGCUGCAUUAAAACCUGCAAUAGUGAUGAAUUCGAAUGUUAUGUUAUAGACAAUAAUGCCUAUAUAAUAUUGGCUAGAAAUGUCAAUCAUACGGGUAAAUUUUUUGGUGAAUAUCAAGGAGAUGUUAUGGAGGCCAUGGUACAAUUGGAAUACUAUCAAAGUAUUGAAGUCUAUGAUUAUCAGUCCUUAUGUGUGGAUGAAGAUGCCAAGCAAAGUGAUGGCAGUAUGUUAAUGCAUCCCUGGAAAGUUUUGACUUUUGCUUGGAAAUGGCUGGUGUCUUCCUUAUUUUGGCAAUACUCACGCAUUAAAUGGUGGGUGGAUGGCGCCCCCUUCCUUGAAUAUAACGAUGAUAUUGAGGAUGAUUAUGAUGCUGGUGGUUUUGGUGGCGUACAGCCCAUACAACCCAAAACCCAAGAGGAAGAUGAGGACGAAAUGGUUUUCAAUGAACCCGAACCACCUCCAGUUUAUGAACCCUGCGAUAAGGUCACUACUCUGUACAAUCUCCAGCCAAAUUCUGUGGAGGGCAUUACCGAAGCCAUCAAAAUGCCCAAUGUACGUCCGUUCUAUAUAAAGAAAAUACCGCGUACAAAUUUGCUGUUGGUGGUCAUUAAUGUGUUGAUGCCGUCGAAGGGUACGAAAAAAACCACCGAACCACAAAGACUAACCUAUCCGAAAGAAUUUCCGUGCUAUAAACUCAAUAUGAGUUUCUAUGAACGGAGACGUAUUGAGGAGUGUUUUACGGAACAUCCGGAGGAGGAAUUAUUUUCUUACUGUGGUGAUGCUUCAUCUUUAACAUCUAAUAUGAUUAUUUUAAGCCUAACACUGUCGCUCGUUUUAAUAACACGUUAUUUAAGACGUAACUAUGUUUAAAUUUACUCUUAUGUUUAACUACAUUUUUGUCUCUACUGAACGAAAAAAGAAACACAACAUUUAAGCACAAUUAACCGAAACUUUUAGCCAAAAAAAGAGAAAAACUAAAUAUGUACUAAAUUAUAUUAUAAAAACUAUUUAGAUGAAAACUAAAACAAUCAGGGAGUAUAAAAUGAAGAUUAAUUUGCCAAAAAAAUAUAAAAAAAAAAUAAAUCAAUUAGCAACAAACACUGUUUUUUUAAGUUUUUGAGUGCCACACAAAGUCCAAAACUCAAAAAAUAUUUAUAAUAUAUAUAUUUAUAUACAAUAUAUACUGUAGUUUCAGUUUUAUUUAGAAAUAUUAUAAUAGGUUUUUAAAGUUUCAUUUAACAUAAUUAGUAAAAGAAAAAAUUAUAUAGAAAACUCUUUAGGAUUUCCCAGUUUUUUUAGAAGGAAAUUGUUAACUAAUAACAUUAAAUUUGUAGCUUUUUUAAGGAGUUCUCUAUAAUUUAGUGGUUUUUUUUGAGCUCCUACUAAAUGAAACUUUAAAAACCUUAAUUGUUUUUGUUUUGUUAAUUCGUAUAGAAUUUUAGUUAAACAUGUUUUUAUAAAGUUUUUUUUUAAAAAAAAAGAAACAGCCAAAAAUUAAGUUUUUUUUAUAUAUUUACCAAAGAAUUAAUAGAUUUUUUAUAACAAAAAUAAAAGUAUAUAAAGUUUUGUUACAAUUUUUAUAUAAAUUUUAUGAACAAAGUGAAAGUUACACACAAAAAUACUAAAAUAGUUACAAACCACCUUAAGUGUCAAACCAACUCUACCAACAACUAACAACAACAAAAAAAACUCUUGUAGUAGACAAUUUUUAAAAAAAAGGUCUUCAAAUUCUUAGCAAAAAGUUUUAAGUUAACAUUUUCUAAAUACUUUUUUUCCCCACAUAAUUUUACUUUACAAAAAACUAUUUUAUUUAAAUGAAAUAAUAAAAAAAAAAUAGAUGAAAACCUAUUAGGAAAAACAAAACAAAAUAAUGCCUUUAUAUUUUUAAAAAAUAUGUAUUAAAAACAGUUAAGAAUGUGAAUCAAAGAAGUAUAAAGUCAUGAUAUAUGUAUGUAAAUCAAAAUAAUUAAGGGGGGUUAACUAGGGUUUGUCUCCUUGCUAAAAAAAGGCAAAAUAAUAAUGAAGUUAACUAUAAAAAAUUAAUAAAAUAAAAACACUUACACAAGAUUCAUUUAAAUUGUAGAAAAAAAAUCAUAGAAAUGAAAUUAUAACAAACAAAAACACAUGAUAGUUAUUUAUUUUUGAAAUAUUUAAAUUAAAAACAAAAACAAUAUAAAAUGUAAGAAUUUAAUAAAGAAAUUUCUUUGAAAAAGAAUUGUUUUAAUGUUAAGUAAAAAAAUAUAUAAAAUUAAUAAUAAAAAAGACCAAUUGUUUAAA